AUGCCUGUGAAGACGGACCUGCUCACAGACUCUUGCCUCCGGCUUGUCCAUUUUGAUACGCGCGCCACCGUGCGCAAGGGUGGCAACGGCGAGUAUAAACUAGGCUUCAGGGACGACCAGGUGGUGCUUCAGUGCACUGCCACUAUUCAGAAGGAACAGAUCAAACUGUGCCUGUCCUGCGAGGGUUUUGGAAACCGCCUCUGCUUCCUGGAGACGACAUCCAACGCUCAGAAUGUGCCCCCUGACCUGGCGAUCUGUGCCUUCAUCCUGGAGCAGUCGCUGUCUGUGCGUGCCCUGCAGGAGAUGCUGGCUAACACCGUGGAGAUGAAUGAGGCAGUCGAUUUGGACCAGUGGUCAUCCCAGGGCAGCGGUCAUCGCACUCUGCUGUAUGGCCAUGCCAUUCUCCUGAGACACCACCACUCUGGCAUGUACUUGAGUUGCUUGACAACGUCACGUUCCCUCACAGACAAGCUGGCCUUUGACGUGGGCCUGCAGGAAGAUUCCACAGGUGAGGCAUGCUGGUGGACCAUCCAUCCUGCAUCCAAACAGAGGUCAGAGGGUGAGAAGGUCAGAGUCGGUGAUGACCUCAUCCUGGUCAGCGUGUCAUCAGAGAGAUACCUGCACCUGUCCUAUGCAAGUGGAGACCUGAUGGUGGAUGCCUCCUUCAUGCAGACUCUGUGGAACAUGAACCCAGUCUGCUCCGGCUGCGAAACGGCUGAGGGGUAUGUGACGGGAGGUCAUGUUCUCCGCCUGUUCCAUGGUCACAUGGAUGAAUGUCUUGCCAUCUCUACACCCGACCAAGGAGAAGAGCAGCGCAAGAUUGCUCAGUAUGAAGGUGGAGCUGUGUGCAGUCAGGCACGUUCUUUAUGGAGGCUGGAACCUCUGAGAAUCAGCUGGAGUGGCAGUCAUAUGAAGUGGGGCCAGCCUUUCCGUGUGAGACACAUCACCACAGGACGGUACCUCUGUCUGGAUGAGGAGAAGGGUCUCAUGGUGCUCGAUCCAGAGAAAGCCAACACCAAACAGUCUGCCUUCUGCUUCCGAAUCUCAAAGGAGAAAGUGGAUGUGGCUCAGAAGCGUGAUGUGGAGGGCAUGGGCAUCCCGGAGAUCAAGUAUGGAGAGUCCAUGUGUUUUGUGCAGCACGUCUCUACGGGACUGUGGCUCACCUAUGCUGCACUGGAUGCCAAAGCAGCUCGCCUGGGCACCAUGAAGAGAAAAGCCAUACUGCAUCAGGAAGGGCACAUGGACGACGCUCUGUUACUGUCACGCUCUCAGACCGAGGAGUCCCAGGCAGCCAGAAUGAUCUACAGCACCACAGGCCUCUUCACACAGUUCAUCAAGGGUCUGGACUCCCUGAGUGGAAAAAACAAAGCGCCCAUGUCUCUGCCCCUGGACGGAGUCAUCCUGUCCCUCCAGGACCUGAUCCACUACUUCCGCCCUCCAGAGGAGGAGUUAGAGCAUGAGGAGAAACAGACGAAACUGCGCUCCCUACGCAACCGACAGAACCUCUUUCAAGAGGAGGGUAUGAUCAACAUCGUGCUGGACUGCAUCGAUCGCCUGAACGUCUACAACACCGCUGCCCACUUCUCUGAGUUUGCUGGUGAAGAGGCUGCCGAAUCCUGGAAGGAGAUUGUCAACCUGCUCUAUGAGCUGCUGGCCUCCCUGAUCAGAGGGAACCGUGCUAACUGCGCUCUGUUCUGUGAUAACCUGGACUGGCUGGUCAGCAAGCUGGACCGUUUGGAGGCCUCCUCAGGUAUUCUGGAGGUGUUGUACUGCGUUUUGAUUGAAAGCCCUGAAGUGCUGAACAUCAUCCAGGAGAACCACAUUAAAUCGAUCAUUUCCCUUCUGGACAAGCAUGGCCGUAAUCAUAAGGUUUUGGAUGUGCUGCGCUCUCUUUGUGUGUGUAAUGGUGUAGCUGUGAGGUCCAAUCAGAACCUCAUCACAGAAAAUCUGCUCCCGGGUCGAGACCUCCUGCUGCAGACUAGCAUUGUUAAUUAUGUGACCAGUGUGAGGCCAAAUAUCUUCCUGGGGACGUGUGAGGGCUCCACACAGUACAAGAAGUGGUACUUUGAAGUGAUGGUAGACUAUGUGGAGCCGUUUGUCACUGCUCAGACCACUCACCUGCGUGUGGGCUGGGCCCUGACUGAGGGCUACAGUCCUUAUCCAGGUGGAGGAGAAGGCUGGGGUGGCAAUGGUGUUGGAGACGACCUCUACUCAUAUGGCUUUGAUGGCCUCCAUUUGUGGUCAGGUCACGUGCCUCGUCAGGUGGCCUCACCCAGUCAGCAUAUACUGGCCGCAGAUGACGUCGUGAGCUGCUGUCUGGAUCUGAGUGUACCCAGCAUCUCUUUCCGUAUCAAUGGCCAUCCUGUACAGGGCAUGUUUGAGAACUUCAAUGUGGAUGGCCUGUUCUUCCCUGUCAUCAGCUUCUCUGCUGGAGUCAAGGCCCGUUUUCUGUUGGGUGGUCGCCAUGGUGACUUCAAGUUCAUGCCUCCGCCCGGGUAUGCUCCAUGCUACGAGGCUCUGUUGCCCAGAGAAAGGAUGCGCAUAGAGCCCAUAAAAGAGUACAAGCAUGAUUUUGAUGGUGUCAGGAACCUGCUCGGACCCACUCGCUCCCUCACACACACCUCCUUUACACCAUGCCCUGUGGACACAGCACAGAUUGUGUUGCCUCCUCAUUUGGAGCGUAUCAGAGAGAAGCUGGCAGAGAACAUUCAUGAACUCUGGGCUGUCACCCGCAUUGAGCAGGGCUGGACUUAUGGAUUGUUCAGGGAUGAUAAUAAGAAACUGCACCCAUGCUUGGUGGACUUUCAGAGCCUCCCUGAGCCAGAGAGAAACUACAACCUGCAGAUGUCUGGAGAAACACUAAAGACUCUCUUGGCCCUGGGCUGUCAUGUGGGUAUGGGGGAUGAGAAGGCAGAGGAGAACUUGAAGAAGAUAAAGCUUCCUAAAACUUAUGUGAUGAGUAGUGGCUACAAGCCUGCCCCUCUGGAUCUCAGUCAUGUCAAACUGACACCCAACCAGAACCAGCUAGUGGAGAAGCUGGCUGAAAAUGGACACAAUGUGUGGGCACGAGACAGAGUGAGACAGGGCUGGACUUACAGUAUUGUGCAGGACAUCAUGAAUAAGCGUAACCCUCGUCUGGUCCCUUAUAACCUGCUGGAUGAGAAAACCAAGAAAACCAAUAGAGAUAGCGUCAACAACGCUGUACGCACUCUCAUUGGCUAUGGCUACAACAUAGAACCGCCAGACCAGGAGAGCACUGGUCACGGUGUUGAUAACAAGCGUGGGGACAAGGUGCGUAUCUUCAGAGCAGAGAAGAGCUAUGCUGUCACUCAGGGCAAGUGGUACUUUGAGUUUGAGGCAGUGACGACGGGUGAGAUGAGAGUGGGCUGGGCUAGGCCCAGUGUCCGUGCUGACACCGAGCUUGGAGCCGACGAGCUGGCCUAUGUCUUUAAUGGAAACAGGGCCCAGCGUUGGCACAUUGGGAAUGAGCCGUUUGGGCGGCAGUGGCAGUCAGGGGACGUGGUGGGCUGCAUGAUUGACCUGACAGAGAUGAACAUCAUGUUCACACUGAAUGGAGAAAUGCUCAUCAGUGACUCUGGCUCAGAGAUGGCCUUCAAAGACAUUGAGAUCGGAGAGGGUUUUAUUCCUGUGUGCUCCCUGGGUCUGUCUCAGGUGGGUCGUAUUAACCUGGGUCAGAAUGUUAGCAGCCUGCGUUACUUUGCCAUCUGUGGGCUGCAGGAGGGCUUUGAGCCUUUUGCCAUCAACAUGAAGAGGGACAUUACCAUGUGGUUCAGCAAGAGCCUACCCCAGUUUGUCCCAGUGCCAGCUGAACACCCUCACAUUGAGGUGUCUCGAGUGGAUGGAACUGUGGAAAGUGCCCCCUGCUUGAAGUUGACCCACAAGACAUUCGGCUCCCAAAACGCUAACACGGACAUGCUGUUCCUCAGAAUGAGCAUGCCCGUGGAGUUCCACGAGACCUUCAAAGUGCCCGCGGGCACCACGCCCCUUACCCGCGCCCUCACCAUCCCUGAAGACGAGGUACUGGAGGUGGACCCUGACUCAGACUUUGAGGUGCUAAAGAAGUCUGCUAGCCGCAAGGAACAGGAAGAAAAGGAAAAGGAACCCUCUGUGCCCAAAGACAUCCCCAGCAUCAAGGAGAAUGAGAAAGACACGGCCUCUGAGAAAGGAAAAAAGAAAGGUUUCCUGUUUAAGGCAAAGAAAGCAGCAAUGAUCACACCUCCUCCUGCUCCACCGACUGUUCCACGAUUAGUGGAGGAUGUGGUGCCUGAUGAUCGGGAUGAUCCUGAAAUUAUUAUGAACACCACCACGUACUAUUACUCAGUCCGUAUCUUCGCUGGUCAGGAGCCCAGUGGUGUAUGGGUUGGCUGGGUUACCCCUGACUAUCACCAGUAUGACCUUAACUUUGACCUGUCUAAAGUCCGCAACGUUACUGUGACUGUAGGAGAUGACAAAGGGAACAUUCAUGACAGCAUGAAACGUGGUAACUGCUACAUGGUUUGGGGAGGAGAAUUUGGGAGUAGUAGCCAGCAGCGCUUCAGCCAGGAGGAUCUGGUGAUUGGCUGUCUGGUUGACCUGGCAACAGGUCUCAUGACAUUCACAGCCAACGGGAAAGAGAUCAACACCUUCUACCAGGUGGAGCCAAACACAAAGCUCUUCCCGGCUGUGUUUGCUCUGCCCUCCAGCCAGAAUAUGUUGCAGUUGGAACUGGGCAAACUCAAGAACAUCAUGCCUAUCUCUGCGGCUAUGUUCCGUAGUGAGCGUAAGAACCCGGUGCCUCAGUGCCCUCCGAGGCUCGACGUAGAGAUGUUGACUCCAGUGAUCUGGAGCCGCAUGCCCAACCACUUCCUCAACCCACAGGUGCACCGUGUUAGUGAGAGGCACGGCUGGAUGGUAGAAUGCUCGGAGCCACUCACUAUGAUGGCCCUUCACAUCCCAGAGGAGAACAGGUGCAUUGAUAUCCUUGAACUGUCAGAGCGCUUGGACCUGCUGAAGUUCCAUUACCACACGCUCAUGCUUUACUGUGCGGUAUGUGCCCUUGGCAACAACCGUGUGGCUCACGCCCUCUGCAGCCACGUGGACGAAUCACAACUCUUCUACGUAAUCGAAAACACCUACCUCCCCGGCCCACUCCGCAGCGGCUACUACGACUUGCUCAUCAGUAUUCACCUGGAGUCGGCCAAGCGCAACCGCCUUGGCACCAACCGCGAGUUUAUUGUGCCCAUGACCGAGGAGACCCUGAGCAUCACCCUGUAUCCAGAUGCGGAGAAGGCACACGACCUACCUGGAGUCGGCCUCACCACCUGCCUCAGACCCAAACUCCACUUCUCUCCCAUCAACUUUGUGGGCACUGACCCCGACCUGCACACCCUCAGUCCCAUCUUCCCCCUGCAGGAGCUGAAGACCAAAUCCUUGAACAUGCUGACAGAGGCUGUGAUGGACGGCAGCCAGGCCAUGCGUGAUCCCGUGGGGGGCAGCGUGGAAUUCCACUUUGUGCCCAUCCUCAAACUCAUUAGCACACUCCUCAUCAUGGGCAUCUUUAAUGACGAUGAUGUCAAACACAUCCUCAAGAUGAUUGACCCCAACGUGUUUGGAGAUGCCAAGGAAGAGGCAGAGGAAGAAAAGGCUGAGGAGGAGGCUGAGGCCCCAGCCAAGGAAGACGGGGAGGAGGCGAAGGAGGAAAAGGAGGCAGCAGAGGGAGAGGAAGAGGUGGUUGAUGAAGGAGUGGGAGAAGAAGAGGAGGAGGAGGAAGAGGAGCUGAAGGCCCUGAAGAAGGAGGAGGGUGAAGAAGAGGAGGAAGAAGGAGAGAAAGGAGAGGAGGAAGGAACUGAAGGAAAAAAAGUGGAUGGAGAGAAAGCAGAGGAGGAGAAGGAAGCAGAAGAAGUUGAAGAGGCAGAGCCCAAAGAGGAAGAGGAGGCACCAGAGGAGGGCUUACUGCAGAUGAAGCUGCCAGAGUCUGUAAAGUUGCAGAUGUGCACCCUGCUGCAGUAUUUCUGUGACUGUGAGCUCAGACACAGAGUGGAGGCCAUUGUGGCCUACUCUGAUACAUUUGUGCAGCAUGUUCAGACCAACCAGCGUGAACGCUACAACGAGCUGAUGAGAGCUUUCACUAUGACUGCUGCUGAAACUGCUCGCAAGACACGCGAAUUCCGCUCUCCUCCACAGGAACAGGUCAUUAUGCUCACUAACUUCAAGAACAACCCUGAUGACGAGGAAUGUCCUGUGCCCGAGGAGAUUCGGGAGGGCCUGCAGCAGUUCCACAAUGACCUCCUGGCUCACUGUGGUGUGCAUGUAGAGGAAGAAGAGGAGGAGGAAGAGGUGGACACCUCUCUAAGAGGAAGACUGCUCAGCCUGGUUGAAAAAGUCAAAAACUUCCGUAAGAAGAAAGAGGAAGAGGAACCCGAGCCUGAGGAAGAGCCCAAACCCAGAACCUUACAGGAGCUCGUGUCCCACACAAUGAUCCACUGGGCUCAGGAAUCCUUCAUCCAGAACCCCGAGCUGGUGCGCCUCAUGUUCAGCCUGCUACACCGGCAGUAUGACGGCCUGGGAGAGCUGAUGCGCGCCCUGCCCAAGGCCUACGCCAUCAACGCUGUCUCUGUUCAGGACACCAUGGAACUGCUGGAGUGCCUGGGACAGAUCCGCUCCCUGCUCAUCGUCCAGAUGGGCCCAGAGGAGGAGAGGCUGAUGAUCCAGAGUAUAGGGAACAUCAUGAACAACAAGGUGUUCUACCAACACCCUAACCUGAUGCGAGCUCUGGGCAUGCAUGAGACGGUCAUGGAGGUCAUGGUGAAUGUGCUGGGUGGUGGAGGAGAUUCAAAGGAGAUCCGGUUCCCGCAGAUGGUGACCAAUUGCUGUCGUUUCCUGUGCUACUUCUGUCGAAUUAGCCGUCAGAACCAGCGCUCCAUGUUCGACCACCUCUCUUACCUGCUGCAGAACAGUGGCAUUGGCCUAGGAAUGCGUGGGUCCACUCCUCUGGAUGUGGCUGCAGCGUCCUGCAUUGACAACAAUGAGCUGGCAUUGGCUCUGCAGGAGCAAGACCUGGAGAUGGUGGUGACGUAUCUAGCUGGCUGUGGCCUGCAGAGCUGUCCCGUGCUGUUGUCCAAAGACUAUCCUGACAUCGGCUGGAACCCUGUCGGAGGAGAGCGGUAUCUGGACUUUCUCCGCUUUGCUGUCUUUGUCAAUGGUGAGAGUGUAGAGGAGAACGCUAACGUUGUGGUGAGGCUACUGAUUCGCCGACCUGAAUGUUUUGGCCCUGCCCUCAGAGGUGAGGGAGGUGCAGGCCUCCUUGCUGCCAUGGAGGAGGCUAUUAAAAUUUCAGAGGACCCUGCCAGAGAUGGGCCCACUGUCAAAAAGGACAGACGUUUCAUGUUUGGAGGGGAGGAGCAACACGAGGAGAACAGAGUGCAUCUUGGGAACGCUAUUAUGUCCUUCUACUCAGCCCUCAUUGACCUAUUGGGUCGCUGUGCCCCUGAGAUGCACUUGAUCCAGGCUGGCAAAGGUGAAGCUUUGAGGAUCAGGGCAAUCCUGAGGUCCCUGGUGCCCAUUGAAGACCUGGUUGGAGUCAUUAGUCUGCCUGUGCAGAUCCCCACCUUUGGCAAAGAUGGCCAGAUUGUUGAGCCCAAAAUGUCUGCCAGUUUUGUGCCAGACCACAAGGCAUCCAUGGUGCUGUUCUUGGACAGAGUGUACGGAAUUGAUAACCAGGACUUCCUGUUGCACGUGUUGGAAGUGGGCUUCCUGCCUGACAUGAGAGCUGCAGCCUCACUGGAUACAGCAGCGUUCAGCACCACAGAGAUGGCAUUGGCGCUGAACCGGUACCUUUGCUCAGCGGUUCUUCCCCUGCUCACCAAAUGUGCCCCGCUGUUUGCUGGCACCGACCACCGCGCCAUUAUGAUUGAUUCCAUGCUGCACACCAUCUACAGGCUGUCCCGAGGCCGUGCCCUGACCAAGGCCCAGAGAGACGUCAUCGAGGACUGCCUCAUGUCACUCGUCAAGUACCUCCGGCCGUCGAUGCUGCAGCAUCUGCUGAGGAGACUGGUAUUCGAUGUGCCAAUCCUUAAUGAAUAUGCCAAGAUGCCCCUUAAGUUGUUGACCAACCACUAUGAGCGUUGCUGGAAGUAUUACUGUCUUCCUAACGGAUGGGCCAACUUUGGCGUCACGUCAGAGGAGGAGCUGCAUCUGUCUCGCAAGCUCUUCUGGGGUAUCUUUGAGUCACUGGCGCACAAGAAAUAUGAUGCAGAGCUGUUUAAGAUUGCCAUGCCAUGCAUCUGUGCAAUAGCAGGUGCCAUCCCUCCAGACUACGUAGAUGCUAGCUACACUGCGACUGAGAAAAAAGCCUCUGUCGAUGCUGAGGGCAACUUUGACCCAAAGCCUGUGGAGACCACGAACACCAUUAUCCCAGAGAGACUGGAUCCCUUUAUCAAUAAGUAUGCAGAGCAUACACAUGACAAGUGGGCCUUUGAGAAGAUCCAGAACAACUGGACGUAUGGAGAGGUCCUGGAUGAGGAUGCCAAGACACACCCCAUGCUCCGCCCAUACAAGACAUUCUCUGAGAAGGAUAAGGAGAUCUAUCGCUGGCCCAUUAAAGAGUCAAUAAAGGCCAUGUUAGCCUGGGAAUGGACGCUGGAGAAGGCGAGAGACGGAGAAGGAGAGAAGACAGAAAAGAAAGCCAGCAGGAAGAUCUCCCACACAGCUCAGGCUACUUAUGAUCCCAGUCAGGGUUACAACCCUCAGCCUGUAGACUUAACGGGAAUGGCACUGUCCAGAGAGCUGCAGUCCAUGGCUGAACAGUUGGCUGAGAACUAUCACAACACCUGGGGCCGUAAGAAGAAGCUGGAGCUUCAGGCUAAAGGGGGCGGUACACAUCCUCUGCUGGUGCCUUACGACACUCUGACGGCUAAGGAGAAAGCACGUGACAGGGAGAAAGCCCAGGACCUGCUCAAAUUCCUCCAGCUCAAUGGAUACGCUGUCACUAGGGGCCUGAAAGAUAUGGAGCAGGAGAUCUCCUCCAUUGAGAAGCGUUUUGCUUAUGGAUUCUUGCAGAAGUUACUGAAGUGGAUGGAAAUUGCUCAGGAGUUCAUCGCCCACCUGGAGGCUGUUGUGAGCAGUGGUAGAGUAGAGAAAUCCCCUCAUGAACAGGAGAUCAAGUUCUUUGCCAAGAUCCUGCUGCCACUGGUCAAUCAGUACUUUAAGAACCACUGCCUCUACUUCCUGUCCACUCCUGCCAAAAUUCUGGGCAGUGGAGGGCAUUCCUCCAACAAGGAGAAGGAGAUGAUCGCUAGUAUCUUCUGUAAGUUGGCUGCUCUGGUGAGACACAGGGUUUCCCUCUUUGGAACGGAUGCUUCUGCAGUGGUGAACUGCCUGCACAUCCUGUCUCGCUCACUGGAUGCCAGGACCGUGAUGAAAUCUGGCCCUGAGAUUGUGAAAGCUGGUGUACGCUCGUUCUUCGAGAGUGCUGCUGAUGACAUUGAGAAGAUGGUAGAGAACCUCAAACUGGGGAAAGUGUCCACCAAAAAUCAGGUCAAGGGUGUGUCCCAGAACAUCAACUACACCACCAUUGCUCUGCUUCCAGUGCUCACCUCUCUGUUUGAUCACAUUGCCCAGCAUCAGUUUGGAGAUGAUGUCAUCCUGGACGACCUCCAGAUGUCCUGUUAUCGGAUCAUGUGCAGUAUAUAUUCUCUGGGCACCGUGAAAACCCCUCACGUUGAGAAACAAAGGCCGGCUCUUGGCGAGUGUUUGGCACAUUUGGCUGCUGCAAUGCCCGUGGCCUUCUUGGAACCCCACCUCAAUGAGUUCAAUGCCUACUCCGUCUACACAACCAAAACCCCCAGGGAAAGAAGCAUUCUGGGUCUGCCAAGCCAGGUCCAGGAGCUGUGUCCAGAUAUCCCUGAACUGGACAUUAUAAUGAAGGAGAUUGGAGACCUGGCGGAGUCUGGAGCCCGUUACACAGAGAUGCCUCACGUCAUCGAGAUCACUCUGCCUAUGCUCUGUAACUAUCUGCCACGCUGGUGGGAGAGGGGCCUUGAGAACUUCCCUGAGCAGGAAGGCCAGCUGUGCACAGAGGUCACAUCAGAACACCUCAACCAGCUGCUGGGCAGCAUCAUGAAGAUCGUGGUCAAUAACCUGGGCAUUGAUGAAGCUUCCUGGAUGAAGAGAUUGGCUGUGUUUGCCCAGCCUAUUGUGAGCAGGGCCAAACCUGAGAUGCUAAAGUCCCACUUCAUCCCCACCAUGGAGAAACUGAAAAAACGCUGUGGGAAGGUGGUGGCUGAGGAGGAGCAUCUCCGUAUGGAGGGCAAAACCGAGGUGGACAGUGAGCAGGGAACCAUUCGGGACGAAUUUGCUGUGCUUUGCAGAGACCUGUAUGCCCUCUACCCUCUGCUCAUUCGCUACGUGGACAACAACAGAGCGAGAUGGUUGACCUGUCCUGACCCCGAUGCUGAGGAUCUGUUCAGGAUGGUUGGUGAAGUUUUCAUCUUCUGGUCCAAGUCUCACAACUUCAAGCGUGAGGAACAGAACUUUGUGGUGAUGAAUGAGAUCAACAACAUGUCCUUCCUUACAGCAGACAGCAAGAGCAAAAUGAGCAAGACUGGGGACGGAGAGGGAGGAGGCUCCAAUGAGGAGCGUACCAAGAAAAAGCGGCGUGGAGACCGCUACUCUGUGCAGACCUCCCUCAUUGUGGCUGCUCUGAAGAAGCUGCUCCCUAUCGGUCUGAAUAUGUGCUCCCCAGCAGACCAGGAGCUCAUCAAUCUGGCCAAAAUCCGCUACUCCCUGAAAGACACAGAUGAGGAGGUGAGAGAAUUCCUGCAGAAUAAUCUCCAUCUUCAGGGCAAGGUGGAAGACCCAUCCAUGCGCUGGCAGAUGGCUCUGUAUAAAGAGACCUCUGGGAAGGCAGAGGAUGCCGAUGCCCCAGAGAAGGUGGUGAAGAGGGUACAAGAGGUUUCUGCUGUGCUUUACCACAUUGAAUUGACGGAGCACCCUUUCAAGUCUAAGAAGAUGGUUUGGCACAAGCUGCUGUCUAAACAGCGUCGCCGGGCUGUGGUGGCCUGCUUCAGAAUGACACCCCUCUACAACAUCCCUCGGCAUAGAGGAUCCAACAUGUUCCUAGAUGGGUAUAAGCGUAACUGGCUGGAAAAUGAGGGCUACUCAUUUGAAGACAAGAUGAUCGAUGACCUCUCUAAAAGCAUGGAAGAGGAGGAGGAAGAGGAGGAGGAGAAAGAAGCAAAACCAGACCCUCUGCAUCAGCUUAUUCUCCAUUUCAGCCGCACUGCUCUCACCGAAAAGACUAAACUUGAAGUAGAUCAUCUCUACAUGUCAUAUGCUGACAUUAUGGCAAAGAGCUGUCACAUUGGUGAGGAGGACGAAGGGGGAGAGGAGGGGGGCGAGGAGCUGUCCUUUGAGGUGCGACAGACAGAGAUGGAGAAGGAGAUGGAGAAACAGAGGCUUCUAUACCAACAGUCCCGUCUGCAUGACCGUGGAGCUGCAGAGAUGGUGCUGCAGAUGAUCAGUGCCUGCAAGGGUGAACCAGGAGCCAUGGUGUCUUCCACUCUCAAACUGGGAAUUUCCAUCCUUAACGGCGGCAACAGUGAUGUUCAGCAGAGAAUGUUAGACUAUCUGAAGGACAAGAAGGAUGUUGGCUUUUUCCUGAGUCUGCAGGCUCUGAUGCAGACCUGCAGUGUCCUGGACCUAAACGCCUUUGAGAGACAAAACAAGGCAGAGGGGCUUGGCAUGGUAUCAGAAGAGGGCACAAAUAUCAAGCUAGAACGUGACGAGAAAGUGAUGGCGGACGAUGAGUUUACAUGUGACCUCUUCCGCUUCCUGCAGCUGCUUUGUGAGGGUCACAAUAACGAUUUCCAGAACUAUCUGCGCACACAGACUGGCAGCACCACCACCAUCAACAUCAUCAUCUGCACUGUGGACUACCUACUGAGACUACAGGAGUCUAUCAGUGACUUCUACUGGUACUACUCUGGGAAGGAUAUUAUUGAUGAUCCAGGCAAGAGGAAUUUCUCUAAGGCCAUGACAGUAGCCAAACAAGUCUUCAACAGUCUCACAGAGUACAUCCAGGGCCCUUGCACUGGUAAUCAGCAGUCUCUGGCCCACAGCAGACUGUGGGAUGCUGUCGUGGGUUUCCUGCAUGUGUUUGCUCACAUGAUGAUGAAGCUGGCACAGACGCACCCUGACCCAGGACUCCGAAAUGGCGAUCAUUUCUGGAGUAGAACACACCCUGAGGACUCCAGUCAAAUUGGCCUGCUGAAGGAGCUGCUGGAUUUACAGAAGGACAUGGUGGUGAUGCUGCUCUCUCUCCUAGAGGGCAAUGUUGUGAAUGGCACAAUUGCACGCCAGAUGGUAGACAUGCUGGUAGAGUCUUCCAGCAAUGUGGAGAUGAUUCUCAAGUUCUUUGACAUGUUCCUCAAGCUGAAGGACAUUGUGGCAUCUGAUGCCUUCCGUGACUAUGUGACAGACCCACGUGGCCUCAUCUCAAAGAAGGAUUUCUCCAAGGCCAUGGAUAGCCAAAAGCAGUACUCACCCUCUGAGAUCCAGUUCCUGCUCUCCUGCUCAGAGGCCGAUGAGAAUGAGAUGAUCAAUUAUGAGGAGUUCGCCAACCGCUUCCAGGAACCAGCCAAAGACAUUGGCUUCAACAUCGCCGUGCUUCUCACAAAUCUCUCAGAGCACGUGCCCCAUGACGCACGCCUGCAGAACUUCCUGGAGCAGGCAGAGAGUGUGCUGAAUUACUUCCGCCCCUUCUUGGGCCGUAUUGAGAUUAUGGGUGCCAGCAAGAAGAUCGAGCGCAUCUACUUUGAGAUCAGCGAGGCCAACCGCAACCAGUGGGAGAUGCCUCAGGUCAGAGAGUCCAAACGGCAGUUCAUCUUCGACGUCGUCAAUGAGGGUGGUGAGUCAGAGAAAAUGGAGCUUUUUGUUAACUUCUGUGAGGACACCAUCUUUGAGAUGAACAUUGCCUCCCAGAUCUCUGAACAGGAAGAGGAAGGCAAUGAAGAUGACGAGGACGAGGAGGAAGAGAGCAGUAGAUUGAAUGGAGAGGCUGAGGGUGAAGAUGGCAAUGGAGACGAGGCUCCAGCAGAGUCCAGCUCGGCAUUCGCUGACUUCAUCAAUAGCGUGGUGAACUUUUUUAGCACCUUCACCUUCCGCAACCUCAGACGACGCUACCGAAAACUCAGAAAGAUGACCAUUAAGGAUAUGAUCAUUGGAGUGGCUACGUUCUUCUACACUGUUGUUAUAGGCAUCCUGCACUUCAUCUACAGCAUCUGCAAGGGCUUCUUCAUGCUCAUCUGGAACACGCUGUUUGGCGGAGGACUGGUGGAGGGCGCCAAGAAAAUGACCCUAACUGAGAUCCUGACUAACAUGCCUGACCCCACCCAAGACGAGGUACAUGGUGACCUCCCGCCAGAGCCAGGAGACAGGCAUGUCCAGGAAGUAGGAGGGACAGUGGAUGACCUUGAGGCAGGCACAGGGGAAGAAGAGGAAGAAGAUGGACAAGAAAAGGAAGGAGGGGGUAGACCUGGAUUUGGUUCUGCUGGUGGACUUGGCGACAUGGGAGAGACUGAACCUGAGGAACCACCCACCCCAGAAGGCACCCCAUUGCUAAAGAGAAAACUGCUGGCUGCUACUGCUGAAGGAGGAGAGGAAGGAGCAGCGGCAGAGGAAGCAGAAGAGGAGCCAGCCCCAGAACCAGAGAAGGCUGAUGCUGAAAAUGGAGAGAAAGCAGAGAAGGAGGCAGAGCCUGAGCCAGAGCCAAAGAAACCUGAGGAGAAAGAGAAGGAGGAGGAGGAGGAGGAGGAGAAGAAGAAAGUCAAGGCCAAAGCCAAGAAAGAGAAGAAACCUGAGGAGGUGUUUGAGCUCUGGAAUGAGCUGGAAAUCCAAAGAAACAAAUUCAUGAACUACCUGUCUCGCAACUUCUAUAACCUGCGUUACCUGGCUCUGUUCAUUGCCUUUGCCGUGAAUUUCAUUCUGCUCUUCUAUAAGGUGUCAGACAGCCCUCCUGGUGAAGAGGAGUUUGAGGGUUCAGCUAUGUUUGAGGGUUCAGGUCUGUUUGAGGGCUCAGGAGGGGAGGCAGAAGGUUCUGGAAUGGAGGAUGGAGAUGAGGAUGAGGAUGAUGGGAUGGUGUAUUACUUCCUGGAAGAGAGCACGGGUUACAUGGAGCCAGCUAUGUCCUUCCUCGCCAUCCUACACACCAUCAUCUCUUUCCUCUGCAUCAUUGGCUACAACUGUCUGAAGGUUCCUCUGGUCAUCUUUAAGAGAGAGAAGGAGCUGGCCCGUAAGCUGGAGUUUGACGGUCUGUAUGUGACUGAGCAGCCAGAGGACGAUGACAUAAAAGGGCAAUGGGACAGACUGGUGCUCAACACGCCCUCCUUCCCAAACAAUUACUGGGACAAGUUUGUAAAGAGAAAAGUGCUGGAUAAAUAUGGAGAUAUUUAUGGUAGAGAGAGGAUCGCUGAGCUGCUUGGUAUGGACCUGGCCUCUCUGGAUGUCAGUGCCCAGCAGCCUGCCAAGAAAGCUGAGCCAGACACUUCUGUUUUUGCCUGGAUAACCUCCAUUGACAUCAAGUACCAGAUCUGGAAGUUGGGAGUUGUAUUUACAGACAACACGUUUCUCUACCUGGUGUGGUAUCUGGUCAUGUCUCUGCUCGGCCACUACAACAACUUCUUCUUCGCCUCCCACCUGCUGGACAUCGCCAUGGGUGUCAAAACCCUUAGGACCAUUCUGUCCUCUGUCACACACAACGGCAAACAGUUGGUAAUGACAGUGGGCUUGCUGGCUGUAGUUGUGUAUCUCUACACUGUGGUGGCCUUCAACUUCUUCCGCAAAUUCUACAAUAAGAGCGAGGACGAGGAUGAACCGGACAUGAAGUGUGACGACAUGAUGACUUGUUACCUGUUCCACAUGUAUGUGGGUGUGCGUGCUGGUGGUGGUAUAGGAGAUGAGAUUGAAGAUCCUGCUGGUGAUGAGUACGAGCUGUACCGUGUGGUCUUUGACAUCACCUUCUUCUUCUUUGUCAUUGUCAUCCUGCUGGCCAUCAUUCAGGGUCUGAUCAUUGAUGCCUUUGGAGAGCUGAGAGACCAGCAGGAGCAGGUCCGAGAGGACAUGGAGACAAAAUGCUUCAUCUGUGGAAUUGGGAGUGACUACUUUGACACGACUCCGCAUGGUUUCGAGACGCAUACGCUGGAGGAACACAAUUUAGCCAACUACAUGUUCUUCCUGAUGUAUUUAAUCAAUAAAGACGAAACAGAACACACAGGACAGGAGUCAUAUGUUUGGAAGAUGUAUCAGGAGCGAUGCUGGGAUUUCUUUCCAGCUGGAGACUGCUUCAGGAAGCAAUAUGAAGAUCAGCUUGGUUAA